CGUUUGGAUUAUUUCUCUGCGAGACGUCGACGAGUGAGGAGCAGCUGUAGCAGUGACCCACUUAAAUUAGCCAAUACUUAUAGAAAAAUUUGCAUAUAUUGUUCAAAUCUUUUAUACAACAAACUUAAACCAAAUGGCGUUUCUCAAUAAGCUAGCCGCACCGGCUAUCCGUCAAUUGGUGGCCAGCCGAUCAUAUGCUGCGGUCACCCAUGUAUCACCCACUGGAACAUCCUUUGCUCUGACCGAGGAGCAACAACAGUUCCAGGAAUUGGCACGUAAAUUCACCCGCGAGGAGAUCAUCCCAGUGGCUGCUCAAUAUGACAAAAGUGGCGAAUACCCAUGGCCCAUUAUAAAGAAAGCCUGGGAACUGGGUCUGAUGAACAAUCACAUUCCCGCCGAUUUGGGUGGCAUGGAUUUGGAUGUCUUUACGACAUGUCUGACUGCUGAAGAGCUGGCCUAUGGCUGCACGGGUAUUAUGACAGCAUUAGAGGCUAGCGGUCUUGGUCAAACACCUGUGAUCCUGUCUGGCAACAAGGAACAGAAGAAGAAAUAUUUGGGUCGCUUGAUGGAAGAGCCUUUGGUGGCUGCCUAUGGUGUCACUGAGCCUGGUGCUGGAUCCGAUGUGGGUGGCAUAAAGACACGUGCAGAGAAAAAGGGUGACGAGUACAUUAUCAAUGGCCAGAAGAUGUGGAUCACAAACGGUGGAGUGGCCAACUGGUACUUUGUGCUUGCCCGCACCAAUCCCGAUCCCAAGUGCCCGGCCAGCAAAGCUUUCACCGGCUUCAUUGUUGAGCGUGAUUCGCCCGGUCUGACUCCCGGUCGCAAGGAACAAAAUAUGGGACAACGUGCUUCCGAUACACGUGGCAUUACCUUCGAGGAUGUGCGUGUACCCAAAGAGAAUGUCCUAAUUGGUGAGGGAGCUGGCUUCAAGAUUGCCAUGGGCACUUUCGAUAAGACACGCCCACCUGUGGCUGCUGGUGCCGUCGGUCUGGCCCAACGUUGCUUGGACGAGGCUCUCAAGUAUUCAUUGGAGCGCAAGACUUUCGGUGUUCCAAUUGCCUAUCACCAGGCAGUCCAAUUCAUGCUUGCCGACAUGGCCAUUGGCGUGGAAACCUCCCGUCUGGCAUGGCGUUUGUCCGCCUGGGAAAUCGAUCAGGGACGCCGUAAUAGCUACUAUGCAUCGAUUGCCAAAUGCCAUGCCGCCGAUGUUGCCAACAAGAUUGCCUCCGAUGCUGUACAAAUCUUUGGUGGUAAUGGCUUCAAUAGCGAGUAUCCCGUCGAGAAAUUGAUGCGUGAUGCCAAAAUCUAUCAGAUCUAUGAAGGUACCUCACAGAUUCAGCGUCUCAUCAUCUCAAGAAACAUGUACGAGGCAGCCAAAGGAGGUGCUUCUAGCUAAGCCGAAGAUUAUUACCACCACAACCAUCCAUUCAGCUAAGCAUAGUCAUUCUCAUUCACAAUAAACAAAUAAAUAAAUGGAAAAUAAAUCUAAACAAUAAGGUAAAACAAUAA